CACCCCCCUGCCCCCCCUUCCAAGCCUGCCACUCAUCCUCAUUUAAGGAUAGGAUGCCCGGCUGUGCGCCCCUGUGCUGAGGAGGCGUCGGCGGGCAGCAGCAUGGGCGCUGCUCUAGCCGGCAUCCCCACCAUCCCCUCCGCCACCAAUCCGCCACCGCCACCGCCACGCUGCCCCACCGCCACGGGCACCCCCCCCCGGCCCCGCUGAUGGGCGAAGACACUGACGCCACCCCGACGCUCAACCACCACGGCUUCCUCCCCGACCACAACUAUGUGACUGAAGCCGAUAUCAUCUCCACUGUUGAGUUCAACCAUACAGGAGAGCUCCUGGCCACAGGGGACAAAGGGGGUCGUGUGGUCAUCUUUCAGAGAGAACCUGAGAGCAAGACGGAGCCAUUUUCCCAGGGAGAGUACAAUGUGUACAGUACUUUUCAGAGCCAUGAGCCCGAAUUCGACUACCUUAAGAGUUUGGAGAUUGAGGAGAAGAUCAAUAAGAUCCGAUGGCUGCCUCAGCAGAACGCCGCACACUUUCUCCUCUCCACCAAUGAUAAGACCAUUAAGUUGUGGAAGGUGAGUGAAAGAGAUAAACGUCCAGAGGGAUACAACCUAAAGGAUGAAGAGGGCCGCAUCAAAGACAUUUCUACUGUCACAUCCUUACAGGUGCCAGUCCUGAGGCCCAUGGACCUGAUGGUGGAGGUGAGCCCACGGCGGGUUUUUUCCAAUGCCCACACCUACCACGUCAACUCCAUUUCCGUCAACUCGGACUACGAGACCUACAUGUCAGCUGAUGACCUGAGGAUCAACCUCUGGCAUCUGGACAUCACUGACCGCAGCUUCAACAUCGUGGAUAUCAAACCAGCCAACAUGGAGGAUCUGACUGAGGUGAUCACAGCCGCUGAGUUUCACCCCCACCACUGUAACCUGUUUGUCUACAGCAGCAGCAAAGGGACGCUACGCCUCUGUGACAUGAGGGAAGCAGCACUUUGCGACAAGCACUCCAAACUGUUUGAGGAGCCGGAGGACCCAAGUGCCCGCUCCUUUUUCUCUGAGAUUAUCUCCUCUGUGUCGGACGUGAAGUUCAGCCACAGCGGACGCUACCUGCUCACCAGAGACUACCUGACAGCCAAAGUCUGGGACCUCAACAUGGAGAGCAAGCCCCUGGAAACGUACCAGGUUCACGAUUACCUCCGCAGCAAGCUGUGUUCCCUUUACGAGAACGACUGCAUCUUUGAUAAGUUCGAGUGUGCCUGGAAUGGCUCAGACAGCGUGAUUAUGACUGGAGCCUACAACAACUUCUUCCGCAUGUUCGACCGCAACACCAAGCGUGACGUGACCCUGGAGGCCUCGCGGGAGAGCAGCAAACCCAGGGCCGUCCUGAAGCCGCGGCGGGUGUGUGCAGCCGGGGGGAAGCGCCGGAAAGACGACAUCAGCGUGGACAGCCUGGACUUUACCAAGAAGAUCCUCCACACAGCCUGGCAUCCCAACGAGAACAUCAUCGCCAUCGCUGCCACCAACAACCUGUACAUCUUCCAGGACAAACUCAACUCGGAGAUGCAUUAACGGACAGGUGGAGGAUUUGAAAGAGUUUACACUCAAACACACAACUAUGCUAGAAUGUACAUUAUCAUCACACAGCCACACACCCAGGAAGAUGCCUCUGACACACAUAUACACACACACACACCAUCAGAAUACACACAUCUACUCCCUCACCUCCUCCUCAGCCUCCCAGAGCUGAACGGACCCAUUCAGGGCGAGAAGGGGAACUUGCUGGAUUACGCCGUGGAUUACAGGUUGCAAAAUUGUCUGAGCUGUGGAUUUCUUUCUUGUUUAGCCUGUGGAUUGUGCUUGAUGGUGUGUUAAUUGUUCAGUUUCUGAGGGGUUUCAGCCUCCCCCCCCAGACAAGAGAGACGUUUACAUUUUUUUCCCGUUUGUUUUUUUAAAAACCUUUUGGCUCUUAUGCCUCCUCCUCCUCUUCCUCCUCCUCCUCCUCCUCCUCCUGUCCUCAAUGUGUUCGUGCGCUGGAGCAAAGCCUAUUCUUAUCCCUUGCCCACUGUUUUGUGUAUCAAAAACCCUCCGUGGUUGUCUACCAGCACUGAUGAGAAAUGGGGCAUUUAUAUAACUGGCUGUUUGUCUGAUUUCAAAUCGGCCGUUCUGUUUUUUGUGACUUCUUGUUAAACGAUGUUGCCGACGGCGGUUCUGAUGACAGCGUGAGGAGACGCUGGCGAUGUGUGAGGAUGUACCUGUAACCCUCCCCUCAGCCCACGUUUGCCACGUCCCUCCCUGAUUCAGGAGAGCUGACCAAAAGCUGGGCUGUGCUAAGCGAGGGGAAACAAUCACGGUCCUACAGACGGAAGCAGAAGUUAGUAGAAUUAUUACAACAUGAGGAUGCACAUUCAAAUCUGCAACAGUGUGUUUUCAGGAUGAAUGCUCUCCCUGUUGGAACAGGGCUGAUCCUCUCUGAUCGUGGUUUCUGCUUGUGUUCUGGGGCUGUGUUUUGUGCUGCUUUGACACUAAAUAUGUUAAACUCAGAUCAAGCAAAAAUAAGAACAAAAAUAAAAUAAAAAUGUCAAUAAAGGUUUCAAUAAUCGAGCAAAAAGAUGCUGCAUGUCGAACAGAUUUAGCCUAAGUAUUUAGAAAUUGAUUGACUGACUUGGUUGCCUUCUUAACCAUCUAGACCCAGCUGUACAAAAGCUUCAAGGGCCACGGGGCUCCUCACAGCACGAGUAACCAUAGAUUACCGAGCCCGUCCUAUGUUUAUUUGUGUCCUUGGACACAGAAGCAUGUUUACCAGUGUUGGGUUCAAACAUGUACACGUCCAUUUUGAAUGAAGCCGUCCACAAGUCAGUUUCUGUUCACUGAAACUGAGAGCCAAGAAAAAUGGGGAAUGUCUCAGAUAAAUGUUGUAUUUUAAAGGAACAAAAAAAAAAAAAAUCAAGGAACCUCAAUGGUGUCUGUAUAUAUCAGCUCUGUUUCUGACAUGUUUGGGGUUUUGUUUUUCUAUCAACCAACUGCUGACUCAGCCGUCUGUACCGAUGACUGUCCCCAAAGCUACAGCGAAGAGAUAGUACUGAAAUCUCUUUGGCCUUCCUCACUGUUUACUUUGCAGAUGUGCAGAUAUGCUUAUUUUUAGAAAAAGUGUUUUUCUUUUAUUUGUUUGGAACAUCCGUCAGCUGUACGCCACGUCCCUAAAAAAAACUAAUGUUGAUUCAAAUAUUUUUGUCUUACUCUAUGUUGACAUGAUUGUCCAAUGGGCAGUUAUAAAUGAUGUUAAUACGCUUUUUUUCUGAAUAAAGAUUUCAAAGAAAUUGCAUCCAAUGAGGGCACUGCCGUGAUUUUUAUUGUUGUGUUCAGCAGGCCAAAUAGAGAAUGGUGAGGCGCCACCCACAGUCCCUAUGUGCUUAUUACAUAGAGAAAUAAAAGGUUGCAGAA